UCACACCUCUAUUAUCAAACCACCUUACUUGUUUUGCUCCGCGAGAAGUGUAUCGUUUUGGCCGUCGGGGCCAAUUUAUUUCGCCAGGAAUGUAAAGUUUCCCGAAUUUCUCAGUAUGUUCAGUUAAAACAAACAUGACAUCUUAUGCAGUUGCGUUCUGUGAUUCGUUUCGUGAUAUUUGAUCGUCCAUACAUUAGUUUUUAAUUAAGAGGUCACAAUGGCUUCCGGAGAUGUGGAUGAGAUCCAAGUCGCUGAGUCCAGUUUUAUUUCGUCGUCUCGAAAUGACAGAGUCCCCAGCGAAUAUAGAGACGAUGAAAAUACCGAAGAUGAUGUAAGUGGAGAUGAUCAGAGUACUGAAACCUUAGGUGGUUCCAUCGGCAGAAGGAAUGGAACUAUGGCAAGACAGAAGCUCGAGAAAGGGAAGAAAAUUGGACACCGAAGAGUGGGCGUUGGUGGAGAGAUUACUUAUAAAAAGAUCCAAACCAGUCAGAUCAUGGGAUCUAUACAGCUAGGUAUUCAACAUGCUGUUGGUGGCCUAGCGUCCAAGCCCGAACGCGACUUACUUAUGCAAGACUUCAUGACUGUUGAAACGACAGUUUUUGCAGCUGAUGGGUCGAAUCAUACUCCAGCUCAUCAUUACUCCGAAUUUACCUUUAAGACUUAUGCGCCCAUUGCAUUUAGAUACUUCCGUGAUUUAUUUGGAAUUCAACCUGAUGAUUUUCUGAUAUCCUUUUGUAGUGCUCCUUUACGAGAACUUUCCAAUCCUGGUGCCAGCGGCUCCAUAUUUUACGUAACCGAAGAUGAUGAGUUCAUCAUGAAAACUGUUCAACAUAAAGAAGGAGAGUUUCUUCAAAAAUUACUUCCAGGUUAUUACAUGAAUUUAAAUCAAAAUCCUCGCACUCUGUUACCCAAAUUUUUUGGACUUUAUUGUUAUCAGUGUAACUCAAAGAACAUAAGACUGGUUGCUAUGAAUAAUUUACUUCCAUCUUACGUUGCUCUGCAUCAGAAGUAUGAUCUGAAAGGCUCGACGUACAAACGAAAGGCUUCAAAAGCAGAACGACAAAAGAAAUCGCCCACGUUUAAAGAUUUAGAUUUUAUGGAACACCAUCCUGAUGGCAUAUUCUUAGAGGCAGAUACUUACACUGCGCUAAACAAAACUAUCCAACGGGAUUGUAGAGUCUUAGAAAGUUUUAAAAUUAUGGAUUAUAGUUUGCUCCUUGGUAUUCACAAUUUAGACCAAGCCUUACGAGAGAAGUUGGAACAGAAGAAAAAUUCAAUGCACGUAGAAGGUGAUGAAGCGGGUGGUCCGAGCAGCGGGUCUGUAUCGUUGAAUCGGACAAGAUCUAUCAAUAGACAAAGGCUCGUAGCACACUCCACAGCAAUGGAAAGUAUACAGGCAGAAAGCGAACCCAUCGAUGAAGAAGAGGAUGUUCCCAGUCCCGGUGCUAUUCCUGCAAGAAAUGGGAAAGGCGAGCGACUCCUGCUCUUCAUUGGUAUCAUAGAUAUUUUACAAAGUUAUCGGCUUAGGAAAAAAUUGGAGCACACGUGGAAGUCUAUUCUGUACGAUGGUGAUUCAGUCUCUGUUCAUAGACCAGGAUUUUAUGCACAAAGGUUUCAAGAUUUCAUGGCGAAAACGGUGUUCAAGAAAAUUCCAUCCUUGGACUUGCCUGAAAUUAAGGGAAAUCAUCGUAAAUUCCGCACCUUGGUCACCAGUUAUAUAGCCCUUAAACACUCCCCGUCAAAGCGCAAAAGUAUUUCAAGGCCGGCUGUUAGAUCUGUUGACUUAGAUAAUGAACCCAAUGCAUCCUCAGCUAACAAUGGUAGAGGAAAACAGGGCUUUGCAACUGGCAGUUUUCCUUCCUGUUCCACCCCUCCUCCAGCGUUUGAAGAUGCAAUCCGAGGAGACUAUGUGAUCGAAAAGAGCAGCGGGGCGAGCCUAGCGACACCUCUCAGACAAAGGCUCCAGCACCGGGGCAACAUCUCUAAACGAGAGGAUUAUGUCAGUAUUUCAGAGGUACAAUUAGAAUCUCGCUCUGAUUAUAAAUCUGUGUUAAGUGUUGGAUCUGGAAGCUCUUCUGUGACAGGAACUGGAAGCAUAAAAAACCGAACGUGGACCCCACCAGCGUCCAACGAGGGCAGCACUCCGACGUGGACUGAAGGCACUCCAAGUUUCACCGAGUCUUCCAGCAGUGGUGAUAUUGGUUGUCCUACCACUCCUGUUCGAGGGCACAGGCAGCACGAUCAAGAUAGUUUGAAAGGCGUUACCGAUGAAUCACUAAAUUACUCAGCCGAAGUGGUAAGUCCUAGUCACACUCAGCUGCAAGUUGUCAUUAAGAAUGCGACUAACUCCAAAACAGACUCUUGAAUCUUCCUGUGCAAUAUUUUUGUUUCUUAUCUUUUCUCAUAACUGCAUUUAUCCGUUCGCCUCGUUACAUUUUAUUCAACUUGGAUGUUACUUAAUUAUUGUUACGCAUUUUCAUGUAAACCCUCCAUAUCCUCUCUAUGUGAACUUCCUCUAGGUCGGACAAUUCGCUCCUCAAAAGAGGAUUAUUCGUAGUCUAGCUGAGUCAGAGCGUGCUUUAUUUAUUGGAUUUGAAGCAGAGGUACAUGAAAGCUCAAGUAUUUGCAACGCAGUCUUUCCUCUCCCAAAGCUAUAUGUUUUCUGCUUGAUUGUGGUUUAGUCCUAUUCAUUUAUUUGUGAUCAUGCAGAAGAUAAUGCACUUAACAUUGAGAGGCACACUCGAGUCUUUCACAGGGACAGGUUUCUGGCGUCCAGUCUAAUGUAAUUCAAGAAAUUUAGCUCAUUGUUGUGUCAAUAUAUUGCGUAAAGCUGCCUUUUGACACAGUAAGUUAGGACUCUGAGCAUAACACAUAAGAAAUUUAAAUCUUUCUUUUUUGUGAAACUUUUUUCUUGAACGAUUUUUCUUAAAAAUAAACUAGUUUUCUAGAACCCUCAAAGAUCAUUAAAGAAGUGUUUCCUUUGCGCUAUGAAAAGGGCUCAACAAGCAAAAGUAAUUUUGUGUUUCAGUGUAUUCAGUCUUUUUUUUUUUGCUUUUGAUCGAGAGAGUGGUCAGAAUUUUUUUUUCUUUUAAAUUGUUGAAUAAAUCCAAUGAGUCAAUUUAUUAUUUUUAGUGGAACUUUUAUGCUAUCCUGGCUCUAAUCCUAUGAAUGAAACACGCUCCAGAAUAAUUAGUUUUCCCAAGAUUGGCAAAUAGACAAACAUCACCUGACCACCAUAUCAGUCUCUACUCCUGUCUGUGUAACAAGUUAAAGAAAUACCCAACUUUACAAAGUAAUUGCCUGUCCAUGGCUCAUUUUUGACCUAAAACUUUCUAAAUAAAACAUAGGAGUGUAUGUAUGUUAGCUAAUGUAUGUAUGUUAGCGCUUGUUAGCUGACAAGAAGAGAAAGAACAGAUUUCAUGAUCAGAAGUCUCCCCCUCCCUCCUCCAAAAAAAAUGUUCAUUAUAAGCUAAACUGAGAUAUAUUAAAAGAGAUCAAUCGUAUCUGAAUGUGGUUUGGCUUGCCACAUGGAUGGAUGGUAUGAUGUCAAGAUGGUGCUUUGUCAACAGUUCUCUGUUCCCGAAAACAUCGCUCUUUGGCAGUUAUGUAACAAAUUGGACGUAUAGCUCUUAGGUUUAUUUGACAAAAGCAUUUCGCUGUACGUUAAAUACGUUAAAAUCAUGAAUCUUGUGAUGGAAUUUUUUGGUUUACUGGAAUUUGAAUCAGCACCGUAGUCAACUUCCUCUCCAUUUGUUUUCCUCAAAUUUUUCUCAAGUGAUACUUACCGUGUUUUUUGGAAUAUAAUGCACUUACAUCAAAUUAUCUGUAAUAGAUGCAGAAUUUCAGUUUGCAUUAUAUUCUGGGCGAACGUUUUCAUGUUCUCUAACUUCUUAAAAUACUCAAAUCUUUACCUGCUCUAUCUAUCCGCGGAAACAUGUGGGCUUCAAAAAAAUUUGCCAGUAAGCUACUGUAAAAUCAGGUUUACCUCUUAAUGUCCUGUCGAAUGGUAUUUCGUGAAUUUGACCAAGUCCAGCGUAAAAGAAACAACUUAUUUUUACCAAUUUCACACAGUGUGCAGAGGUGUUUUUCAUAAGUCAACCUUUACGCGGGUCCAGAAAGUCAAGGAAGUUCGGCUAGUAGCAUGGCGGCUCAGCAACUUCAGCUGAUGCUAAUUAAGAGAGUGCAAGCAACCUCCAAGUGCCUUUUCCAUAAUUUGAAAUUUUGUUCAACAAACGCCAUCGUAAAUAAUUAGAAGAAAAAAAAGAAAAAUCCAAGUGGAAGUUUUGUCCGAAGGUCAGAAAAAAUCAGAGCAUUGGGAAAUGAGGAAAUUAAAGCAACCCUGUAAAUGUGUCCUUGCACUCACUUCCCUCUUGCAAAACUUGGUCCAAUUAUUUAAUAAACGCCUCAGAUUGUGAUUAUCCCUCUUUCAACGCACUUUAAAUGCAGCCCUGAACCACUCAUUAAAAUUAUGUGAAGUUCGAGGCAAUCGUGUUCAGGUUAAUAUCGAAAUGAUUGUCAAGAGUUUUUGAGGAACAUGGAGCCUUGUACAAUCUUUUUCAUGUAAACCGUGUAACCGGUUUCUAAUUUUUGUGUAAUUUGGUUUCUUGUCUAAAGUAAUGAUCGGGCAGGUUGUGGUUUAUGACCAAACUGUGUUGCGCUUUUCUUUUUUGUUUUUAUCUGUGCUCUGUGAGAAAUCCCAAGUAGUGACGCCACAAAGCUGAAAAAGACAAUUUAGUGAAUAAUACUCAAAACUGAUAUGCUGCUGUGAUCUGAGCUGAAGGCUGCUUUUUGGACCUAUAUACCUACCAACUCAAGACCUGCGUGAAAGGAAUAGUACAAAUUGCGUUUUAGUCUUUACAAAUCCUUGAAAGUCAGAAGUACGCAUUAUAUUCGAAGAAAUACGGUGAUGGUAUCUCCAGAUAUGUUACAAUGACCCUUUUGUCAACCUCAUUUGUAACUGAUAACCUUACUUAUAGCUUUAACCUAAUAAUUUAUGUAUAAAAGUGUAAUCAGAUCCUUGAAAAGAACCCUCCAUUCCAAAAGGAUGUUUUACAUUCCAUCAAUUUUUAGCGAGUCAUGUCCUACAGAGAUUUGGACACACACAACUUUAUUAUUUGAGCCCCUCCAUGUCACCUCUGGGAAUGCUAUUUGUUGUUUCAUAAGAACUGCCGGAAAAAUAUUUUCCAUACACUGAUGGCCAAAUGCAAAAAAUGCGUAUCUCAGUUGCGAAGGCAAAAACUAAUCAAAACGCCUCCUAGUAAUUUUAGGUGAUUUAUUUAUAAUGAGUAGAGAAAAUUUACAGAAAAAUUUUAAUGGAAACUGUCUUCCUCUUGCAAAAUAAAAUAUAAGCAGAGACUUACAAUGUCGCAAUAUGAGAUACACAUUUCUUGACAUCAGCCUAAUAUUCUUUCCUCUUUUACUCCUAAGGAAAGUUUCAAUCUAUGAAAAUCAGAAGAUGGUUUAAAAACUCACUUGCAGAAUCUUCGAGUUUGACAACUAGUUCAUUUCGAGAGAGGAUUUCAUCGCUAGUCUAUUUCACUUCAUGGAUUUUAGAAAAUCAAUUCUUUGUAUAAAUUAGAGCUUUCAGUGUCUAAUCUCUUGAUUGUUAAGUUAGUGAAAAAAUAGGUCUCUUUCUUUCAAAUCUGGUCACAUUUUUACAGGUUUGUCUCAGCAGACACAGGCUGCCUUCCUCACAGCUGUAAACUCAGCUUACUCUUUUAAAAUUUUUCAACUUUAGGUUCACUAAGCUCAUGAUUUGAAGGGAAAAUUUUAAAAAAAACCUUUUCCCACUUUUUUUCUCUUUUAAAUCACAGAAUCUCCUUUACAAAUUGAUCACCCAUCAGUAUUUAAGCUCAGGGUUUUUACUAACUAAAAUAGGUAAAGUUGAAUGAAUCACACAACUCCUCGGAAGUUUAGUAUUGCAACUUCAACCACAAUUUUUCACAAUUGGAUCAGAUUGUCAGAAAUUGUGCUUUUGUUAUUUGUACCAAGUUCGACAAAAGCGCACUAUUCAGCAUCAAGUUUGAACCGAAAAAGGGUUUGAAGUUUGAAUUCUCUAUUAGACUCGAUGUUAAGGAGAACGUUCAAUGACUCUUUACGUUCAAAAUAUUUUUUCUCAACAUUUAAUUUUGACGGGAGAAAAUUUACCACCAGUUGAAUUCAAAACCUUUCUCAACUCAUUUUUUUUUUUCAAAAUGCAACUUAGUGCGAUUUUGUUCAACUCAGUCCAUUUUCAGUCCUGUUUUUUUUUUUUUCAUCCCUGCGUAGAUCAUCACUCUGCAGUUAUAUCAUUGCCUGCGAUGAGCCUGCAAAAACGUAGAGUUGUAUAAGUGAUACGCUUCAUUACAAAGUAUAAUUACGCCCUUAAGUCAGGAAGACGAUGACAUCUGUGACAAAAAUUUGUGGAGCACGGAAAUUUUAUCAGUCAGAUCCCUUGGUACCAUGCUGUUGAUUUAUCAAGCAGUAUUAAUGUGCCUUCCGUAUCAGUAUUCACUGUUAUCCAAGUUCAGAGGUUAUUAUUUUUGCUGUCUUUUGUGAUUUUGUAUGGAAAAUGAAAUAUGGAAAGAUCAAAAUUCAACCCUCAACGAGAAAAUUAUUGUGAGAAAUUCACACUUAUCAAAUUGAAGACUUAUGAUAUCUUUUUGUACUUAAGUAGUGUUAAUUUUAAUUGUAAACACUUACAUGUCUUGAGAGUUCUUUUUGAACUUCCAUCCUGCAUUUAGUUUUCAGUGUGAAAUUCCGAAAAAAAAGCGUUGAAGAACGUUGUAUACAUAACUUCAUUCAUGAAUUGUAACUAAAUUACCGUGAAAUGAAAGGAAAAGGCUAAGUUGAAUAGAAUUUUAAGAUCUUUUAGGAGACACCUGUCCAAAUUAAACUCGGUCAGACGUAUCAAUUUCAUCAAUUACCAUAGCAGUUUUUAAAGUUCUGAUUCCUUGACUUUAACCAAGCUAGAUCGUGUAGAUUUACCCAACAAACCUGGACUACGCUGUAUUAAAACCCCUGUUUUUGUCUGUUACCCUGAAACAUGUUCUUUUCCAAAACAUUCUUGACUCUUAAUUUUAAUAUCUGGAAUGAAUCCAAAUUGGUGUCGGGAACCACUUGGAAGACGGUUACAGAUAUGCAUAGAUUUCAAACCCUGUAGUUAAACAACGUUACUUUUUACCAAAGUCAAUGAUGUAUUUAUUUACUCAUAUAUUAAUUUAUUAUUUAUUUAUUCAAUACUCUAAAGACUUAAAGCUGGAAUUUUUUUGUUACUAGUGAAUAUUUUUCUCCAGCUGCCCUUAAAGACGCUAAGUUUAUAUAGCAGAUUUUAUUAAGGUUAGUUAUUCUCACAUACUCAGUAUCCAAUACUGAAGCCCUGAAUUAAAUUAUUUGUCAUAUCUUAAAGUGAAUUGUAAAUUUUUGAGUAAAACCUGCUAGUUUUUGUGCCUAAAUUGCCCCACGUUAAACUUUCUUUGCUAAUUUUGCUUGUUCAUUUGUCACAUUAAUUGGAAACCUCAACAUUUAUUUCAGUUGGUAUGUAUCAAAGAUAAUUGGAUAGAAAAUGGAAACUCAAUCAAACCUGCAUGUGUACAAAUAAGGGUGAGGGAAAACCUCAAGAAGGAAACUUUCCUAGUAAUAUUCGUUGUUAGUAACAUUUUUCUGUAGUUUGCGGUAAAAGCCAAAUAUCCUCAGCAUCUUUUGCCCUCCACUCGCCCGAUUAGAGAAAUCUAGAUCUGAUAACAGUAAUAUUUUAAGAGAUAAAAAGAAAGAAAGAAAGAAAGAAAGAAAAGAAGAAAACUGCUUUGGUAACCUCCAUUAUUUAUGUAGUUUUUUAUAUGUUGUAAAACAGCCAGAGACCUCCAUUUUGACAAAUUCCGAUUGUUAGACUUGCUUGAAACUAUUGCAUUUUUCCCCUUUAGUAUUUCAUGUUAAAAGAGUUAUUAUUUCGGUAGAAUUUACAGACUUUUUCCUUAUUUAAAAAAAAAAAAUUGUUAUUGCUCAUUUUCUUAUUUAUGUAUAUCAUUGCUUAAUAAUUGUUUCUGGCUUAUCUUCAAUAACUUUGUGUAGAAGAAUAAAAAUUUAGAAAAGAAAAACUAUUAGCGUUUUGAAUAUGAAAUUACGCUGGGGACUUGAUAAGAGACUCGAAAUCACUAUACGAUUCCUUUGAUAUCGGCUCUAAUUCUUGCAUGACUCUUUGUUAAUACCUUGGAUCUGUUCUCUAAUUAGUCAUUUUUGAUUCAAAUAACUUUUAUUUUUAAAUUCAUACUCAGUUUUUGUUAAGUAUUUAUUUUGUGUAUAUACAUCUGAGUAAAAAGUGCUUAAAUAUAUGUACAUGUAUUGUAAAGUAACUUAUCCAUAGGACUGAUGUUAUUGUCUUUUAUUUAACAUGUAUAAACUUUUAAAUAUACAACUUACAAAUAUUAA